UUCACUCUCCCACUUCAUUUGCCAGAGCUCAAACCUAAGAAACAAAACAGAACUGCACUUCACCGUUUCAACAAUGCUUCGCCUCACAAAGCUAAAACCACCGUCACCACCAUCAUCCUCUCCACACCAAUUCCUUCAACGCUGCUCCGUCAGCCGCACCGCCAAAGGGAAAGGAAAAGCCGGUCAAAUCCUAAAACGUUCCAAAAUCACUGUCAAAAAAACCGGAGCCGAGCCCACACCUGGUGCCCCAACUGGAUCCCGUGAGAAACAAGAACGCGAACGCCUCUACGAACAAUGCCUCAACGCACCAACACCACUUCGUUUUCUCAAACCCAAACAACGUGCACGCGAAGCUGAACGAGGAAAAUUAGGGUUAAUUAGCAAAGAUCGUCAAAUUGAACUUGAUAUGAUGAAGAAGAAAAACGCCAAAUUUAGGGUUUCUGAGAAGCCAACGAUAAUGGGAACACCUGGGUUAGAUUAUAUAACGUUAGGGUUAGUUGAUGCUGAGAAAUUGCCCAAGUAUGAAUUGACCAAGGAAGAUGGGAUGAAAUUGGCCAAGGAGUAUAGUAGGGUUUUGAUGAGGAAGCAUAGGGCGAGACAAGCGGCGGAGACUAAUCUUUUGAUGAUGAAAAAGGAGGCUAUUGAAGCUUUGCCUGGGGGUUUGAAGGAAGCUGCUUUGGUGCCGGAUUUGACUCCAUUUCCGGUGAAUAGGUUUAUGGCGACGCUUACACCGCCUAUUGAUGGGUAUAUUGAGAAGAUUAAGGAGGCUGCUGAUAGGAUCAGUGGGAAGGAGAAGAUUAGGUAGAUUGGUAGUGUUGAUUUUGAUGGUUCGUCACAGCAGGUCCGCCUUGAAGUUUUAGAAGCAAUUCUCUUUUUACGUGGGCAGCAAUCAUGGAACAUGGAUUUCAUUAGAUGGUUGCAGAAUCCGAGUUUGUGGAGCUUUUUGAAUAGUAAAAAUUGAUCACCAGAAUGGUAGUUUAGAGUAAUAAUUCAUGAACAUCAAUUCUUUAUUUUCCUUUGGGUAGUAAAAAUGAGGAAUGAUGAGAAUUGUGAAUGACUAAUCGUUUUGGUUGGUACAGUGUUCAUGUUAUGUCUUGAUAUUUUGCAGAGUUUAUGUCUGUCUUUGCAUAUUGACAACAUAAAAUAGAUUGCAGAGUUUAUGCAAUUAAGCAGAAAAUCUAAUAUUUAAUCAUUUUCCGAGUUUGUUUUUGUUGAAAA